GCAGCCGCGGCGAAGGGAGGCCUCUCCUCUUUCUCUCCCGCCCCUCCUCAGUCCUCGAGUGGGCGAGAGCGGCGCCGCUUGCGGGUCCCUCCUGCUGCUGCUGCUGCUGUUCGGGCGACGCUGCGACUGGGAGGCGCCAUGGCGGCCGAGCUGAGUGACAUGGCGGAGCCGCCUCAGUGGCUCUCCUCCUCGUCGUCCUUCUCCGGCGGCGGCGGCGCUGAGGAGGCGGCCGAGAGCGAGGCGUCGUCGUCGUCCUCCUCGUCGUCGGCCGUGAGCAUGGAGGCCGAGUCGCCGCCGCCGCCGCCGCUGGGCGAGGGGGCGGAGAGCAUGUCGGAGCCCAGCCCGGAGAGCGCCAGCCAGGCCGGCGACGGCGACGACGAGGAGGAGGACGACGAGGAGGACGAGGCCGCCAGCAGCGCCGGCUCCUCCAGCGGCUGCAGCAGCGACGAGUCGCGCUCGCUCAGCCCCGGCGGCAGCGAGGCCGACGCCAAGGGCGAGGCCGGCGGUGAAGGAGGAGGAGGCGGCUGCGGCGGCGGGGCCGGGCCUGGGAGCGGCGGCGGCGGAGGGACGGGAGGAGCGGCGGCGGGAGGCGAGAGCGGCGGCGGCGGCGGCAAGAACUGCAGCAGCAGCAGCAGCAGCACCGUGUCCAGCUGCAGCAGCGGCGGCGGCGACGAAGGCUACGGCACGGGCGGCGGGGCCGGCGGCCGCGGAGGGGGAAGCGGCGGCAGCAGCACUUGCAGCACCUCGUCGGGCGGCCGCCGGGGCAGCCUGGAGAUCUCCUCGGACGGGGAGCCGCUCAGCCGCAUGGAUUCCGAAGACAGCAUAAGCAGUACCAUAAUGGAUGCGGACAGCACAAUUUCCAGUGGUCGUUCUACUCCAGUUAUGAUGAACGGACAAGGAGUUACUGCUUCAUCCACAAAAAGUAUUGCCUAUAACUGCUGUUGGGACCAGUGCCAUGCCUGCUUCAACUCCAGCCCGGAUCUGGCAGAUCACAUUCGCUCGAUACAUGUAGAUGGCCAGCAAGGAGGGGUGUUCGUUUGCUUAUGGAAAGGCUGCAAAGUUUAUAACACGCCAUCAACAAGUCAGAGUUGGUUGCAGAGGCACAUGCUGACCCACAGUGGCGACAAACCCUUCAAGUGCGUCGUCGGAGGGUGCAACGCUAGUUUCGCCUCUCAGAGUGGGCUGGCCCGUCACGUGCCGACACACUUCAGCCAGCAGAAUUCUUCAAAAGUGGCCAAUCAGCCAAAGGCGAAAGAAGAAUCUCCUUCCAAAGCUGGGAUGAACAAAAGAAGGAAGUUAAAGAACAAACGGAGGCGCUCAUUACCAAGACCACACGACUUCUUUGAUACACAAACUCUGGACGCUAUACGGCAUCGAGCCAUCUGCUUUAACCUCUCCGCUCACAUAGAAAGUUUAGGAAAAGGCCACAGUGUCGUAUUUCACAGUACUGUAAUGGCAAAGAGAAAAGAGGAAUCCGGGAAAAUAAAGCUGCUCCUUCACUGGACGCCGGAGGACAUUCUGCCUGAUGUGUGGGUAAAUGAAAGUGAGCGACAUCAAUUAAAAACUAAAGUAGUUCAUUUAUCAAAACUACCAAAAGAUACUGCCUUGCUUCUGGAUCCAAACAUAUACAGAACAAUGCCACAGAAGAGGUUGAAGAGGUAAAAGUAAGAUCAGUGGGGGACGCUUCAUCUACCAUCUUUUUCUCUGGCCACGGAAUUAGAACUGAAGUUGCACAUUGGUCAGGCCCCCUCUGGCCCAACCGCCCUGUUGUCGGUGACAACCAUUCUGUGAACAAAGUAGAUGCAUCUGCGGAAUAUAUGAAUCUCUAUCAGUAUAUAUCUUCACAGAGUGGUCCGAUGGACGACAGGGCAAGCACUCGUCUGGCAAUACAGUGGGCUCUUUGACGGCUUUGCAUGCUUGCUGCUUUUCUUUUAGUAAUUUUUUUUUCUCUGUUGCUUCUCUUGGGUGAAGUGGUGGGUGCUGCGUUGCCACUGACAACCUUCCCUGCAGUUAGUUAAUUUUUUGUAAACAAGCGGCUUGGGGAUCUUAUCCUUGGGAAAACUGAACCUAAACAUACACUAGAGUCCCUUUCCUCAGAGUCUGGUGGAGAGUAAUCCAUAGUCACUUUUUGUAAACUUGUGGUGUCCUAUCAACAUAACCCUAAGUGGUGUUAUCAUGUUUAAGCAAAUGAUUGGUGGCAUAUUUCCAUUUCUAGUGAAAUGUAUAUUUUGAGAGGAUGAUAGAUGUUAAGUGUUGCUAUAUAUCUGAUCCUCUCUAUAAGACUAUUACUGUAAGUUAAUAAGACUUCAAUAACCUCUACAGCAAAAAAAAAAAAGGGUAGUGACUUUUUUAUAUAUACAUAUAUAUAUAUAUUUCUUGGCCUUUAAAACUCCUGUUUGCUUCUGAAGAAUCUCUUAUCCCCCUUCCCCUUUUUGGCCUAAAAUUUUAUAGAUGUUAAAAAAAAAAUGUAUUUUUAAAAAAAUAAAAACAUCUAGGAAUACAAUCGUUUAUGCACCAAAGUUGGCUAUAAAAAGAAAAAGAAUUAAAUGGUUUCCUUGCUUUGCUAAGCAAGAAAUUAUGGAUUUUCUUAACCUACAGGAAUAGGAAUAAAAAAAUUGUGUGUUAUCUUGUUCGUCUUGUACGGAGACAAAAAAAUUGUUGCAUA